AUGAAGAGUCGAGUUGCAGAGGGUCGUCUGCAGGUGCUUCAGAUCUACAAACUGCUACAGCACGUCCAUGAUGGAGACAAAUCCCGGAUAGAGACGAUGGUGAGCAUGGGGGUGGACCAGCUAAUCAACCUGACUGAACCCAAGCAGGGCAUGGGUGUUCUCCAUCUGGCUUCAGAGGCCAACAACACAGACAUGGUCAGCUUCCUGCUGUCCCUGGGCGCCCAUCCCAACAUCCAGGACAGGAGGGGUCGCACCCCUGUGAUGCUCGCCGCAGAGCUGGGCCACAUCGACAUGGUGACCCUGCUGGCCGAAAGCAACGCUGACAUGAGCCUGGUGGACUCGGAGGGGAAAGGCAUGCUCUUCUACUGUAUGGUCCCCACCAAGCGCCAUACGCGCUGCAUGCAGGUAGGCCUGAAAGGCAAUGCUGAUGUCAACAACGUGUCGCUGGCCGGGGUCCCAGUCUUCCUGCUGGCGUGUGAGCAGGCCCCAGAAUGUGCCACUAUGUGUCUCAGGAUGCUGGAGAGUGGUGCUGACCCCAACGCAACCAAUGAGGCAACGGGCCGGACAGCCCUGAUGGAGGCCUCCCGAGCAGGGUGCAUCCAGCUGGUGAGAGCCAUCCUGCAGAGGGGAGGGAACCCCAACGCCCUGGACAGGAAGAACUUUCAUGCCACACACCUCGCAGCCAUGGGAGGCUUCUUCGAGGUGAUCCAGAUUCUGUCUGCUUAUGGAGCAGAUAUGGGAGUGAUGACCCUGGAGGGCAGUACUGCUCUGCACUACGCGGCCUACGGUGGCUUCACAAACUGCUGCCGGUUCCUGGCUCAGAGAGGUUGUAACUCCAAGCUGAAGGACCAGGAGGGUUUGUUGCCGCGCCAGGUUGCCAAGGACAAUGGCCACAGGGCAGCCACAAAGGAGCUGAAGAAGGCAGAGAGGUUACAAGGGAAGUACUCCAAGCCUGGCGUGUCCAAUCCGAACCCUCCCUGGGCCCUGACCCUCCACGAUUGGUCCUACGAGAACGAGACCGUCCUUCGCAACACCUUCGCGGAGGAGUCAGGGGGAAUCGAUUCGGUUUCUUGGGAGACGUUCAUCUCCGUGCUACAGGGCCACCACGCGCCGGCAGAACUCGACGAGCUCCAAACCGUCCUCGCGGCCCACGACAAGAGGAGAGAAGGCAUCAUCAGCGUCAACGAGUUCUUCAAAGGCCUCAAGUACCUUCAGAAGCCCUUCGUCAUGACCUCCUACGGCCCCAAGAAGAAAAAAGGGGGGAAAGGGGGAGGGAAGAAAGGGAAGAAGAAAGGGAAGAUCAUCAUUCCUCUUCCCAUCUGCACUGUCCCCUCGGAGCUCAUCCACCGGAGGGACGAUGGCGGUCCACCUCACUUCAUGAUUGAGACCCACCACCUCGCCACCGACCUCAGCCGCUUCGACCGGGACCACCCUCCCAGCCACCCCAUCCAGGACGACUCUGCCUGGUACAUGGACGAGCCUGACAAGGUCUACAUCAACAUCAGCUACAGCGUAAAGACCGGAGACCUGGAGUCUCUAGACCUGGCCUUCAGUCAGGGGGUGCCUGUGGACGUGAAGGACCGCUUCUACAAGACCCCGCUCAUGACCGCAUGCUCCAGCGGCAACUAUGACGUGGCUCACUACCUUCUCAGCCAGGGGGCUGAUGUGAACGCCUGCGACCAGUUCCGCUGGACACCACUUCACCAUGCCUGCCACGCCGGACAGUUGGACGUGGUGGAGCUGCUGCUGGAACGAGGGGCCUCGGUGGACGCCCCGGCGCUGAACGGAGCCACGCCCCUCAUGAGGGCCAUCGAGAGCUGCAGGCUCUGCUGCGUGGACUUCCUCAUCAAGGCUGGGGCCGACGUUGCCGCGGAGAACAAGAAAGAACAAAAUUGCCUGGCCAUAGCUCGUGCCUAUGCAGACAUUCGGAUUGUGGACUUGAUUAAGGCUAAGAUUGAUACUCUGCCCAAACCCAAAGACAACAAGAAAGCCAAGACUGCAAAACAACCACAGAAACCCAAACCAGCUACCGCUACAGAAAAGAGCGCUGAAACGCUUAACUCAGUGGCAUCCCACAAGCUGGCAAAGAAAGAAGCCUCCAUGAAGGAAACCGUUGUCAUGCACAGCUCCCAGAUCACCCAGGGGAAACUAGGCAAAGUGGACAUCAGCUUUUUGCCCAAAACGGUGAGGGGCAAGCAGCUCACCAGCAGCCAGAUGCUGGAGAAGAAGGAGAGGAGGAGGGAGAGGUUCUCCUACGAGGUGGACUUUGAGGACUUCCUCAUGCCCUUCAGCAUGAACAUCCAGAAGAAAUCUCUGGAGCUGUCUGAGGUCACCAACUAGAGG